UUAAACUCAUGUGUCAGUAUGAAAUAGGUUGGUGCAAUUUGAUGAAGCUCAACUACAGUGAAUGCCUCAACAACUUCAAACGGUUGAAGGAUGAAACCAAGUGGUCAAAAUGUUACUAUACAUAUCUCAUGGGAGUAUGUCUGGGUGCUAUGGGAGAUUUGCUUGCUGCUGAGGAGACACUGAAGAAGGUACCAGGACUCCUCAAAAAGAAGAACCACCAAAUAGAGGCAUUUGUCUCUCGAAGGGUAUGUAUUUUUGGCCGGAUUGCAAUGCAAUCAUGGCUUAUAGAUUGGCGAUUCCCAUCCGUCCGUCCCUCUGUCUGCACUAAG